AUGAUAUCAGCAGAGCUCAUCAAAGAAGGGGGAGAGAAGAUACAUGAAUGGUUAGGCGAACUGAUAAAAGAGGCGGCGGCGGUGGGGAGCACCAGGCGGUGGCGAACACUGAGAGGCGACGGCGGUGGCGGCGGCGGCGAGCACCAAGUGGCGGCGAAGACUGGGAGGCAGUGGCGAACACCGGGGGGUGGCUACGGCGGCGGCUGGGCAGCGGCGGUGGGAAGCACCAGGCGGCGGCGAACACUGGGAGGCAGCAGUGAACACCGGGAGGCGGCUACGGCGGCGACUGGGCGGCGGCAGUGGGGAGUACCAGGCGGUGGCGAACACUGGGAGACGGCGGCGAACACCGGGAGGCGGCUAGGGCGGCGACUGGGCGGCGGCGGUGGCGAGCAUCAGGAGGCAGCGAACACUGGGAGGCAGCACCGAACACCGGGAGGCAACUACGGCGGCGACUAG